CAUCAGCGCCCCCUGCUGCAGCCUCUGCCCUGCAGCAGCAGUAGCAGCAGCAGCAGCAGCACCGGGACUGCCUGUCCUCCAAGAGUUCACAGCAAUAAACCGACUCACACGAAUAGCAACCACCUGCAGACAAAAUGGUGAACUUCACAGUGGAUCAGAUCCGUGCCAUCAUGGACAAGAAGUCCAACAUCAGAAACAUAUCCGUGAUCGCCCACGUGGAUCACGGCAAGUCCACGCUGACUGACUCGCUGGUGUCCAAGGCGGGGAUCAUCGCAUCGUCCCGGGCAGGGGAGACCCGUUUCACAGACACGCGCAAAGACGAGCAGGAGCGCUGCAUCACCAUCAAAUCCACGGCCAUCUCCUUGUACUACGAGCUCGAAGACAAUGACUUGGCGUUUAUCAAGCAGGGUAAAGACGGCAACGGCUUCCUCAUCAACCUCAUUGAUUCUCCGGGUCACGUUGACUUCUCCUCUGAGGUAACCGCUGCCCUCAGGGUGACUGACGGAGCCCUGGUGGUGGUGGACUGUGUCUCAGGCGUGUGUGUACAAACGGAGACCGUGCUGCGGCAGGCCAUCGCUGAGCGAAUCAAACCGGUUCUGAUGAUGAACAAGAUGGACCGCGCACUGCUCGAGCUGCAGCUGAAGCCCGACGAGCUCUUCCAGACCUUCCAGCGCAUCGUGGAGAACGUCAACGUCAUUAUCUCCACCUACGGAGAGGACGAGGGAGGACCCAUGGGAAGCAUCAUGAUUGACCCUAUCAUCGGCACAGUCGGGUUCGGCUCUGGCCUCCACGGCUGGGCAUUCACCCUAAAGCAGUUUGCUGAGAUGUACGUAGCGAAGUUUGCUUCGAAAGGAUAUGCUCAGCUGGGACCAGCAGAGAGGAGUAAGAAAGUGGAGGACAUGAUGAAGAAGUUGUGGGGAGACAGAUAUUUUGAUCCAAGUGUCGGCAAAUUUAGUAAGACAGCUAUCGGUCCCGAUGGUCAGAAACUCCCUCGCACCUUUUGCCAGCUUGUUUUGGACCCCAUCUUCAAGGUGUUCGAUGCCAUCAUGAACUUCAAUAAGGACGAGGCGGCCAAACUCAUUGAGAAGCUGGAUGUCAAACUGGACUCGGAGGACAAGGACAAGGAGGGGAAGCCCCUGCUGAAGGCCGUAAUGCGUCGCUGGCUGCCGGCUGGAGAGGCCCUGCUCCAGAUGAUCACUAUCCACCUGCCCUCCCCCGUCACUGCACAGAGAUACCGCUGUGAGCUGCUGUACGAGGGGCCAGGAGACGACGAGGUUGCCAUGGGUAUCAGGAACUGUGACCCCAAGGCUCCGCUGAUGAUGUACAUCUCCAAGAUGGUGCCAACCACCGACAAGGGUCGUUUCUACGCCUUUGGCCGUGUGUUCUCUGGAUGUGUGUCCACUGGUCAGAAAGUUCGCAUCAUGGGGCCAAACUUCACGCCCGGCAAGAAAGAGGACCUCUACUGCAAACCCAUCCAGAGGACCAUUCUGAUGAUGGGCCGCUAUGUGGAGCCUAUUGAAGACGUCCCAUGCGGCAACAUCGUGGGUCUUGUUGGAGUUGACCAGUACCUUAUUAAGACAGGGACCAUUACCACCUUUGAACAAGCCCACAACAUGAGGGUGAUGAAGUUCAGCGUGAGCCCGGUGGUCAGAGUCGCUGUGGAGGCCAAGAACCCCGCUGACCUGCCCAAGCUGGUGGAGGGUCUGAAGCGCCUGGCCAAGUCCGACCCCAUGGUGCAGUGCAUCAUCGAGGAGUCCGGGGAGCACAUCGUCGCCGGAGCGGGGGAGCUGCACCUGGAGAUCUGCCUGAAAGACCUGGAGGAGGACCACGCCUGCAUUCCACUGAAGAAAUCAGACCCAGUCGUUUCUUACAGAGAGACAGUGUCAGAAGAAUCAGACCAGAUGUGUUUGUCCAAGUCGCCCAACAAGCACAAUCGUCUCUUCAUGAAGUCCCGUCCUUUUCCUGACGGCCUGGGUGAGGAUAUCGAGAAGGGGGACGUCAGCGCUCGGCAGGAGCUGAAGGUUCGCGCUCGAUACCUCGCAGACAAGUACGAGUGGGAGGUGACGGAGGCCAGGAAGAUCUGGUGCUUCGGUCCAGACGGGUCGGGGCCCAACCUGCUGAUAGACAUGACGAAGGGAGUUCAGUACCUCAACGAGAUCAAGGACAGUGUGGUGGCCGGUUUCCAGUGGGCAACCAAAGAGGGCGCGCUAUGUGAGGAAAACAUGCGAUCCAUUCGCUUCGACAUUUAUGAUGUGACGCUGCACACAGACGCCAUCCACCGUGGUGGAGGGCAGAUUAUUCCCACAGCUCGUAGGGUCCUGUACGCCUGCCAGCUCACCGCUCAGCCCCGUCUCAUGGAGCCCAUUUACCUGGUGGAGAUACAGUGCCCCGAGCAGGUGGUCGGUGGGAUCUAUGGCGUGUUAAACAGGAAACGAGGUCACGUGUUCGAGGAAUCCCAGGUGAUGGGAACUCCCAUGUUCGUGGUGAAAGCCUUCCUGCCUGUCAACGAGUCAUUUGGGUUCACAGCUGACCUGCGCAGUAACACUGGAGGACAGGCCUUCCCUCAAUGCAUAUUUGACCACUGGCAGAUUCUCCCGGGGGACCCCAGCGAUCCCACCUGCAGAGCCCACCAAGUUGUUGCUGAGAUUAGGAAACGCAAAGGCCUGAAAGAAGGCAUCCCCCUCCUCGAAAACUACUUGGACAAAAUGUAAACUCCGACCCUGGAUUAAAAAGAUUUAAACCAAAUCAAUCUCUAAACCCUACCCCGUGGGCACUUUAAAAUCUUUGUACAGGCUUACAGAUACUUUGCACAAAAUUCUUUGGCUAUGAGUCCAGAGCAGAAACAAUGCUUACAUUUUCGUUUGAGGCUAGUGGAAGCCGCAAUGCUAUCUUUUUUUUUCAUUUCACGGCUGAAGGACACCAAGUGCCUAGGGCAAGGGUUUUGGGGAACAAUUAGAUUAAAGCAGUAGUAUUGAAAAAUCCUUGUUUCUUCUAUUCCUCCUUAUCCCCCCCCGACUCCUCUGCCAGGACGGGCCUGUUCACUGCACUGUGAUACUGCUGCAAUAACGUGUAUUUAAAUGGUUCAUGGUAAAAUAAAACCAUGGGAAUUACAUUAAAGUGUUACAGAAUUUAAAGCUUCCUGAAUUGGACCUUUGUUCAGUGGAUGUACUGAAUUAAAACAUUUAAGCAUGAGGAAAAAUGUGACUCCUGAAAUGUUGUUAUUGCUACAGUCAGCUGAGAGAAGCUGAAGGGAAAGUUUGACAUUUUGAGAUAUAAGAAUAUUGACUUUAUGAAAGUGAGUUAGACAACACUAUUGAUACUGAUUAAUGUCUUUGCGGCCCCUGUUGACUCCCACUAUAUGUGUCAGCGUUUCCAGAGACAACCAGAAAACCAACAGUACACUGGAUUAGAAAUAACCAGUUGAUUGAUUUAAAAGUUGAUUAACAGAAAGGAAACGAUAAGCGAUUAAACAUUUAUCAUAUUAUUGAGGAAAAAUACAACAAUUCAACAGCAUUGGCUUCUCUUAUGUGAAUAUUUGCUUGGCUGUCGCUUCAGUGACCAUUUCGACAAUUACCAAUGUAAUAUUAAAUAAUGAUGGAUUGCUAUUUCUUAAUUCACGAGUUAUCGGGGUUUGGUAAUGCAUAUACUGUAUAAUAAUUAAGAAAAAAAUAAAAGAUUCAAAUACUGAUAAGGCAACUGUUGAAUCUUCAAUGUUUCAGUCUGCCAUGCUAAUUUCUCAGUUAAUGUAAACUAAGAACUCAAGGAAUAAAAGUAGGCCAUUUCAUUAUCUUUAUAUUUUAAAUACUCAAUUCAUCAAAGUCAAUAACUGUCAGGUAGAGUGAUGAUGAAAAUACUUGUUUGUUACAUCAAAGGUUUUUGUGCUAAUGACACGACGGAGAGAAACUUGAUU